AUGGUGGAUGGAGAAUCCACAAGCACGUCCUACUCUGACAACAACGGAUCAAACGAUCAAGAUCACGACUUUGAAUGCAACAUCUGUUUCGAGCUAGCUCAAGAUCCGAUCGUAACUCUCUGCGGUCAUCUCUUUUGCUGGCCUUGCCUAUACCGUUGGCUUCACCACCACUCUCAUUCCCAAGAAUGUCCCGUCUGCAAAGCGCUCGUGCAAGACGACAAGCUCGUCCCUCUCUACGGCAGAGGCAAGAACCAAACCGACCCGAGGAAGAAACGUUACCCGGGAAUGCGGAUCCCGAACAGACCAGCUGGUCAGAGACCCGAAACCGCUGCUCCUCCUCAUCCUCCUCAUGGUGGUGAUGCUGCGGCUGCGAGUAACUUUUUCAACUACGGUAUUGGUUUGAUGGGAGGGUUUAUGCCAAUGGCGACUACUAGGAUUGGGAAUUUCAGCUUUGGAGUUGGUGGUUUGUUGCCUUCUCUGUUUAACUUUCAGUUCCAUGGAUUCCCCGACGCGACGCUCUAUGGGAACGCGCCGGGGUAUCCGUACGGUGGUUACCAUAACGGCUUCCGUGGAGUUCCACAAGAGGGUGGUAACAAUAAUCAACAACAACCUAUGGCUCGUGGAGGAGACUUGAACCAAAGCGAUGCGUUUCUGAGGAAUCUUGCGUUGAUCAUUGGGAUUUCUUUGAUCUUAUUCUUGUGUUGGUGA